AUGACUAUUCCAAAGCUCCCAGAUGUCGACCCUGCAACAAGGAUGCAGGUAGACGAGUCUGUGGUUGGACACACCGAGAUCGACGAAUCGCUCUACAGUCGGCAGCUCUAUGUUUUGGGUCACGAGGCUAUGAGACGUAUGGGCACUUCCAACGUGCUCAUUGUCGGCCUCAAAGGUCUGGGUGUCGAAAUCGCCAAGAACAUUGCUCUGGCAGGCGUCAAAAGUUUGACACUCUACGAUCCCGCGCCAGUUCACAUCUCGGAUCUUUCUUCACAGUUUUUCCUUACACCAGAGGAUGUCGGCAAACCCAGACAUGAAGUUACGGUCCCUCGGGUAGCCGAGCUGAAUGCGUACACUCCUGUAAAAGUCCACGAGUCUUCUGGUCUUGAUGGUGACCUGUCCCAAUUCGACUCCUAUCAGGUAGUUGCUCUCACCAACACUCCUCUUCACUUGCAAAAGGCCGUUGCCGAUUAUUGUCACUCCAAAGGCAUCUACGUCGUGAUCGCCGACACCUUUGGAUUGUUUGGCUCAAUUUUCUGCGAUUUUGGCCCAGAAUUCACCGUCAUUGACCCCACAGGAGAAGCUCCUUUGAGUGGAAUUGUUGCCGGUAUUGACGAAGAGGGCCUCGUGUCAGCAUUGGAUGAAACAAGACAUGGACUUGAAGACGGCGACUACGUGACCUUUUCGGAAAUUGAGGGCAUGGAGAGCUUGAACGGUUGCGAGCCUCGAAAAGUUGUUGUCAAAGGCCCAUAUACAUUUUCUAUUGGCGAUGUUUCUGGUCUGGGACAGUACAGGCGUGGCGGCACAUACCAGCAAGUUAAGAUGCCCAAGCCGUUGAAGUUCAAAACAUUUACCGACGCGCUCAAAGAACCGGAAUUCGUCAUGUCAGACUUUGCCAAGUUUGAUCGACCACAGCAGCUGCAUCUCGGCUUCCAGGCUCUGCACGCUUUUCAGAUCUCCAAGGGAUUCCUCCCACACCCCAUGAACGACGACGAUGCCGCGAUCGUGCUUGGUGCCGCAAAAAAAUUUGCUGCCGAGGAGAAGCUCGAGAUUGAAUUUGACGAAAAGCUGCUCAAGGAGCUCAGCUACCAGGCUCGCGGUGACUUGAGCCCAAUGGCUGCAUCAUUUGGUGGCAUAGCCGCACAAGAAAUCCUCAAAGCUGUCUCUGGCAAGUUUCAGCCCAUCCAACAGUGGAUGUACUUCGACUCCCUCGAAUCACUCCCAAUGUCCACCGGGAGAAGCCCUGAGCUAUGCAAGCCAGUGGGAAGCCGAUAUGACGGCCAGGUGGCCGUGUUUGGCUCAGAGUACCAGGAAAGAAUCGCCAAUCAAACGCAGUUUCUCGUCGGCGCUGGAGCCAUUGGCUGCGAAAUGUUGAAGAAUUGGGCCAUGAUGGGACUCGGCACCGGAGCCAAGGGCAAGAUUUUCGUCACGGACAUGGACUCCAUCGAGAAAAGCAACCUCAACCGGCAAUUCCUGUUUCGCGCCAAGGAUGUUGGCAGCAUGAAGAGCGAUUGUGCAGCCAAGGCGGUGCAGCGAAUGAAUUUGGAUCUGGUGGGCCACAUCCAAACGUUCAAGGAUCGCGUCAGCGCAGAUACGGAAAGCAUCUUCAACGAAACCUUCUGGGGAGGCUUAGACGGUGUCACCAAUGCCUUGGACAAUGUCGAAGCCCGGACUUAUGUUGACCGUCGAUGCGUCUUCUUUCGCAAGCCUCUCCUCGAGAGCGGCACACUGGGAACAAAGGGAAAUACACAGGUUGUGCUUCCUCAUCUCACGGAAUCGUACUCCUCUUCGCAAGACCCACCCGAGAAGGAAUUCCCCAUGUGCACCAUUCGAAGCUUUCCCAACCGAAUCGAGCACACCAUCGCCUGGGCCAAAGACUACAUGUUUGAGAACCGCUUUGUCAAGGCUCCGCAGACGGUCAAUUUGUACCUGACCCAGCCCGACUUCAUCGAGACCACUUUGAAACAAGGCGGCAACCAGAAAGAGACGCUCGAGACGAUCCGCAACUAUCUGACGACGGAGCGCCCUCGUACUUUUGAGGAUUGCAUAGCGUGGGCGAGGAUGCAAUUCGAGACUGAAUUCACCAACAAGAUCCAGCAGCUGCUGUACAAUUUCCCCAAGGACUCUACAACAUCAAGCGGCACCCCCUUUUGGUCUGGUCCAAAGCGCGCUCCAGAUGCAUUGAAGUUUGAUCCCAACAACCCCACACACUUUGGAUUCAUUGUUGCUGCAGCCAACCUUCACGCUUUCAAUUUCAAUAUCAAGCCGCCCGGACACGACAAAGCCAUGUAUAUGCGCGAGCUGGAGAAUGUCAUUGUGCCCGACUUCUCCCCCGACUCAAAUGUCCGAAUUCAAGCUGAUGACAGGGAACCUGAUCCCAAUGCCGGGGGUAAUGAAGACGAUGACGAGCUUCAGGCCCUAAGCUCGAAUAUUCCGGCACCGAGCACACUGUCCGGCUUCCAGCUGCAGCCUGUCGAGUUCGAAAAGGAUGACGAUUCCAACCAUCACAUUGACUUUAUUACGGCGUGCAGCAAUUUGCGGGCCGAGAACUACAAGAUUGAGCCGGCAGACCGACACAAGACAAAGUUCAUCGCCGGCAAAAUCAUUCCGGCAAUCGCCACCACGACGGCUCUCGUGACUGGUCUGGUGGGCCUGGAGCUGUACAAGGUUGUUGACGGGAAGAAGGACAUUGAGCAGUACAAGAAUGGCUUCAUCAAUUUGGCGCUGCCAUUCUUCGGAUUCAGCGAACCAAUCCCCAGUCCCAAGGUUGAGUACACGGGCCCACAAGGCAAGGUUACGCUGGACAAGAUAUGGGACCGAUUCGAGGUGGACGACAUGACAUUGCAGGAGCUCUUGGAUACUUUCAAGGAGAGAGGUUUGGACAUUAUGAUGCUGAGCUCUGGGGUCAGCCUACUCUACGCCAGCUUCCACGCACCAUCCAAGAUGAAGGAGCGCAUGGGGUGGAAGUUGAGCCAGCUUGUAGCCAACAUCUCAAAGCAGCCAAUCCCCGAGCAUCAGAAGGAAGUAAUAUUCGAAAUGGUGGCAGAGGAUUUGGCCGAGGAAGACGUUGAGGUUCCCUACAUCAAAGUCAGGGUGCAAUGA